AUGGAGGAGAUCGGUGCCAGUGACAGGUGGAUGAUCUAUGCCGGCAGUCUCAUUGGAUCUUUUCGUCACCAUGAUGUCACGCCCUGGGACGAUGAUCUUGAUGUUCUGGUGGACUUGAAUGUUAGAACGGCGCUGUGGCGGCAAAUUGAGAAGUUAAAUCCCCAAAUCUACAUAAAUAAAGCUGGACUCAGAGACAAGAUUUACACAAAACUGAUUGAACCCAACAACACACUGGAGGAUGUUGAUAGUAGUCGCAGACUAAGUGCUUAUCCCUGGGGUUGGCCCAACGUGGACAUCGGCUACUACAGUUCUAACGCUACCCACAUCAGGGAGCUUGCCCGAUCCUAUGGUCGAACCUAUAUCUACGCAAAGACUGAUGUAUUCCCACUGCUUUUAAGACCAUUCUACACGCAGUGGUUUCCGGCGCCAAGAAACACGUUUGCUUUUCUGCAACAGUCCUACCCCGACAAUAUCCACUGCUCUGCACUCGGCUAUUUUCAUCCCCUGGAAAUCCAUACGAAAGACCACACAAAACCGUGUAUUGAAUUAGCGGACAGAUAUGCCUUCGUUGAGCGCGUAUCUUUGAACAGCUCAGUACAGAAAGUGAGUGAUAGUUCAAAUGAUUUGGACUGGGUACGCGAACGACUGAUUCGCGGCGGCGAGGUGAUACAUGAAAUUGACUUGGUCGCGCCUCAACGGGAAGGCUUCGUAGAUACCUACGUGCUACAGAUGAGGUCGCAAGAGUGA